UAGUAUUGAAUUAGCUAUUAGGAGUAUAUACUAUCCAUCGUCGUGUCUGACGGAGCCACGAGUCCAAUUAAGCAAUGAGUAACCUGCAGUACUCAGGUAACCCGAUUCAAAAUCCGAACCCAAUUACUGACCCGAAAUCAAGUCUGUCGUUCGAUGAGGUGUCCAAAUGCUUCAAUUUGCCUCUCAAUGAUGCUGCUGAAUCCCUAGGUGUUUGUACAAGUGUUCUCAAGAAAAUAUGCUAUGAGAAUGGACUGGUGAGGUGGCCAUAUCGAAAGGUCAUCUCUGGAAAGAGUAUUGAAGAUAUAAAGAAAGAGGCGUUGAGGGAAAAACAAGAGCGAUCCGUGGAAUUUCCUAAAGCUGCUGGAGAAAAGUAUGAUUCUUUAGCCAGUUCUACAAUCUCAUCAUUUUCGGGCCCCCAAUUGCCAAACAAGAGUAGUAUUAGCUCCACAAUGGAAAUGCCAAAAGCGGCAGGGGCUUUCUCACCGCAGCAAGGAACCAGGAAUGUUCAAUCGGGAAGUUUACCACAUUUCCGUAUCUCUAGCUUGACAAAAGGAACUUCAGUCGGUUAUGAUGAAUUCAAAUAUGGUUUUCCACCCAAUGGCUUGUCUACUGCAACAUAUAAGUGGUGGGGAAACAAGAGUCCUGAUGGUAAUGAUGAUAACCAACUGAAUGACGACAAUGCCAACAACAGCAAUAAAUCUGAAUGCCAUACAAGUUUGGAUUCCAUGGGAACGACUUUACUGACCGAUGUGAGAAAACGAGCUGUCAAAGAGGGGAAAGAAACGCUGAGGCUUGGGGUUUAUAGAGGGCGUAGUGCAAACAUGCUUGAUCCAACAAAACGGAAGAUUCUUCUUCAGGUAUUCAAAUCGUAUUUGCAUGUCCAUGGUGAUAUGAGUAACUUCGAACAAUGAUCAUUUCAAGAUUCACGUGAAGAGGACACGUUACAUCUAGGUUUCAGUGCUCCGUGUAGAGUAUUCCAGGCAAGUCAUAUAGGUUAUCUUUUCUUUGACUAUAACUUAGAUGAGAUCUUGAACUCCCUAUAGGCAAGAUAACAACAACAUAUGCAGUGUAAUCCCCCAAGUGGAUUUUUAGCUUGAUCUCGAUUAUUUAUAGCUUAGUUUUUUCGAUGAAA